GCUGGGGAAAAAUCUCGUCAUCUGUGACAUCAAGAUCAAGAUCAAGAUCGUUAAUAGAUCAACAAGCCAAAGUGCGCGCGCUUUGUGAAGGCCACGGCGGUGUGACUUAUUUGUCCUUAUUUCUAGACGUACACGACAAAGCAUGAGUCUGUGGGUGGACAAGCACAGGCCCAAGGAGCUGAGUAAGCUGGACUAUCACCUGGAACAAGCGGCACACCUAAAAAAGCUGGUUGAGGGAGGUGACUUUCCUCACCUGCUGAUCUAUGGCCCCCCUGGUGCUGGCAAGAAGACCCGGGUAAUGUGUCUGCUGCGGGAGCUGUAUGGGCCUGGGGUGGAGCGCCUGAGGAUAGAACACCAGAACUUUCAGACUCCAUCCAAAAAGAAGCUAGAGAUUAUCACACUGGCAAGCAACUACCAUGUUGAGGUGAAUCCCAGUGAUGUUGGGAUAUAUGACACAGUGGUGGUGCAGGAGCUCAUCAAGACCAUUGCCUCUGUACAUCAGCUUGACACGUCUGGCCAGCGCGAGUUCAAAGUGGUGAUCCUGACUGAGGUAGACAAACUGACCAAGGAUGCCCAGCAUGCACUACGCCGGACGAUGGAAAAGUACAUGGCCACUUGCCGCCUGAUUUUGUGCACCAACUCGACCUCCAAGGUCAUCCCUGCCAUCCGCAGCCGUUGCCUCGGUGUGAGGGUGCCGGCACCAUCUGUGGAGCAGGUUGCUCAGGUGCUGCAGAAUGUGUGUAAGAAGGAGAGCCUGAUGCUACCUCCAGAGCUAGCAACCAGAAUGGCAGAAGCUUCUAACCGCAACCUGCGCCGUGCUCUGCUGCUGUGUGAAGCAACCAAAGUGCAACAAUAUCCUUUCAGCAAGCAGCAGGAUUUGGUGGUGCCAGAUUGGGAGGUGUACUUAAGAGACACUGCAGCCAAGAUUGUUGAAGAACAGAGUCCUAAGCGCCUCUUGGAAGUGAGGGAGAGGAUCUAUGAACUCCUGACUCACUGCAUCCCCUCAGAGAUCAUCUUCAAGGGCCUGUUACAAGAAUUGGUCAAGAAUUGUGAUGGUGAGCUGAAGUGCGAGGUGACAAGUCUGGCAGCUUUCCAUGAACACCGGCUUAAUCUGGGCUCCAAGGCCAUCUACCACAUAGAGGCAUUUGUAGCUGCCUUCAUGGCCCUCUAUAAGAAGUUCCUUGAGGAGAGCAUGUCCAGUAUGUUCUAAUUCUUUAGCUCUUCAUGUAGCUUUCAUGUGUAAAUGAAUAAUUGUGCUGCUUUGAAUAAAAUAUUUAAAAGUG